AUGGCGGCGUCAAUGCAUCUGCGCGCUGCGCCGACCACGCAGAAGUCUCCCAGCGGCCAGCGGACCCCACCGGUGCCUUUUCAGUUGGACGAGCGUGAAGUCGAUGCUCGCUAUGAUGCUGCGCUUGCCAUCCCUUUCCCAUCGGAAAUCCUUGAAAAACAUUCGCCUCAUGUGUGGGCUUUUUGUGUUUCCCGUGGCCAAGCUUUGUCUAGUUCUCCAGCUGCGAUCUACAUGGCUCUGCAUUCUUUGGCUUGCUUCGAACUGCCCAAUGUGGUUGCCCGCUAUACGGAGCUGUUGGAUGUUCCCGCAGUCACUUGGAAGUUCCAGCUUGGCAAGUCUGGCGACGGCAAAAGUCUAGUUGUGAACUUCAUCAAGGAGAUUCUCAAAGAUUCUCAAAGUUCGCCGUGCUCAACUCCAAGAACAUUACAAUGCCCUCUACAAAGCCAACCUCCAGAAAUGGAAACAGCAAGGCGGCGCAGAUGGAAUGCCAGCCAAGCCCGUAGCCCCAACAGUAAAGACGAUCUGCGACGACGGCUCCGCCGUCGCUUGGUGCCAUUCCAUGUCUGCGCGAAUGAAGGGCGCGGUUUCGUUGUGCUGCACGAGUGCAAAAAGUUCAUGAGCUCUGCAAGCAACGUUUCUGGUGCAUUUCCUGCUACCACAUUGUGCAAGCUUUGGGAUCGUGACGACUACAGCCACGACGUCCAAGACUACAACAAAGAGUUCACCUUGGAGAAGCCGUUGCUGGUGAUCUACAUGGCUGGUCAUUUGGAAGACAAGCACAAAUGUUUCUAUCACGGUGACGGACUUGGUGUAGACAGUCGCCUCGACACUUUCGUGCUUCCUCCACAGGUCAACCAUCUCGCUGACUUCCCAGCAGAUCUCGACAAAGACUCCGUCUAUGGGUCUGCCGCAGCUUGCUUCGCAGCCAUGUGGCAACACUUCCACUCGGAUGCGGUGAAACCGCUGCUGGAAAAGUUCACUGGCUUUGUUCGUGUUCCUUUGGCCGAUGCAUCUGAAUUUGAAAAGUGUUUCCUUUCGAAGAAGAAGACCAAAGUCUUGCGGUAUGCAUUGCCACAUGCUUUCCUGGAACAAUUCUUUCACCGGGCAGCUGCGCGUGCUGCGCAAGAAGCUGUCCCGGAUGUACACAACGCCAUCGCGGCAGGCGACCUGAAGGUUGCAGCCUCUGUGUUGGACUUUCUCGACAACCAACGGCCGCACUUUCAAACAUUGUCUGGCCAAAAGUAUGUGGCUGCUCCGGCGCAAGCCAACCACCUACAACCCAUGCCGACGAUUGCUCCUGCUCCUGCUUCUGUUCCAAGCGCGCCCCUGGCCCCUGUGGAUGCCUUUGGGGUUAGUUUUCCCGAUGUGGCUUUGGUUGCUAGCGACUCUGUCGCAACCACAGAAAUUCAUCAAAUGUGGCGCCAGCUGCCUGAAGAGAUGGUGCGUCGCAUUGCCAAAAUGCAGAAUUCGGCCUUGUCAGCCUUGAUUAUCUUCCAGGCAAUCGCGGUUACAGAAAAUACUCGUGGCCCCAAGAUCACCAAGGUGUGCAAGUUUCCGUUGUCCGCUCACCUCAAUGCGGCUGCCACACCCACGUCCACGGCAUUCAGCACCAACGAUGCUUGCAUUUUGCUAGCGAACGCCGCAGCACCCCAACCUCCUAUCUAUGUGCAAUGGCCAAGCGGCCAAUCCGUCGCCAAAGAGCUUGCUAGUGCCAACGUGCCAAACCAUGCUAUGACGCACUCUGAUUCCAAAGUUGCUGCCGCCAGGUCCUUGCUUCGUGAACUUCGACUGAUGCUCGCAGACAAUCCUCCGCGUGAAGCCCCUUGGACUGUUCCGGAAAUUCCUGCACAAGAGCUGCCUCCCAAACGUCAACGCGCUGAGUCGCUUCUCCAGCUUCCUCCGGUCGCUCUCGGCAUUGCCCCGCCACUGCCUCCACCUACGGUGCCGCCUUCCUGA